AUGAAGAUAGAAUUCGUUUUCUUGCUUGUGGCUUCAUUGGCACAAAUUGUGACAGCAGAUGAAGAAUGGAUUGACGAGUGCAAGAGGCAGAGUGAAAAAAUUGUCAUUCAUUCGGCUGAUGGCUACUGGAAAAACUUUUCGAGCGAUGUGACGUCUUAUCAACAGGAUGGGGUCUAUCGAAAGUUCACGUGCACUGCUGAUCCAGGCCAUUUCGCGUUUGUUCGAAUAAACGGCCAGAUGGAUUCACCGUCAGACACAAAAACUAUCGAUUGUGGAAAGAAGCGUAAAUGGUUGCACAAAGGUGAAGUCGUUGACACUGUUGGAUGCUACACGGGUCCACGGGCAAAUUGGAUCCAAAAGCCCCAAGAAGAGGAAAGGAUUCGAAAUUGGAUGACCGAGAAUCAAGGAACUGUAGAGGAUCAAAAGGAUUGGACAUGGGGCAGCACCCAGUAUGAACAACAAAAGAAAAUGCAACGAAUGGCCUCGGAAAUCCAAAAUCUUUUGGUUAACACCGAUCAUAUAAUCAGAAAGCAAGUCGCCGUUCUACCGGCAGACUAUGUGAAUGUUUAUCCGGAAAAUCUGCCCUUCUCAGAGGACAACUACUACAUGAGAACGCGCUUCGUUGGCUUUGGAGACGAUAACUCUGUGCUGGAAUUUGACAAUUAUGUGAUAUUUGUGUUUCGUGGUGGCUUUCCGGAGAGAUCAAAGCCUGAUGCAAGAGAAGGAAUCAGUGAUUACUUUCAAGAUGGUCUCAAUGGGAUAGAACGACACAACGGGAUCCAAUUGCUAGCAGAGCGUGCAGCGACUUAUGGUGAUGAAUGGGAAGGACACGAUUUCGCGUUUGUUCGAAUAAACAACAUGACGGAUUCACCGUCGGAGACAAAAACUAUCACUUGUGGAUCGAAGCGUAAAUGGUUGUACAAAGGUGAAGUCGUUCUCUCUGUCGGAUGCUACACGGGUCCACGGGCAAAUUGGACCCAAAAGCCCGAAGAAGAGGAAAGGAUUCGAAGUUGGAUGGCCGAGUAUCACGGAGUUAAAUUGACACCGAUACAAUUAGAAAGCAAGUCGCCGUUCUACCGGCAGACUAUG